UUCCCGAUCCCGCGGUCAUGCCCGGCAAGGCGCUCGCCCUCUGCCUCCUGGGGCUCCUGGCACUCUCCUCCGCCUGCUACAUCCAGAACUGCCCCAUCGGGGGCAAACGUGCCAUCCUGGACAUGGACAUCAGGAAGUGCAUGCCCUGCGGUCCCAGGAACAAGGGACACUGCUUCGGCCCCAACAUCUGCUGUGGGGAAGAGCUGGGAUGUUACAUGGGCACUUCGGAAACCCUGCGGUGCCAAGAGGAGAACUUCCUGCCCACCCCCUGCCAGUCGGGACACAAACCCUGCGGCGGCAGCGGCGGCAGCUGCGCCGCCCCCGGCAUCUGCUGCAGCGCAGAGGGCUGCAUGCUCGACUCCUCCUGCAACCCAGAAAUGCUGAUUGCAUAAAACCAGCCAGGAGAGGAGAACCUGUGGGAUCCUGGAUCCACGGGAACACAGCCGGGAACAGCUGAGCCACGGGCUGUGCUUCAGAUUUAAAUGAUUAUCUAUCAUCAGAAAUAAAACUUGUACAGAAAAAAAAAAAAGACAGGUGGCUGUUUUUCGUGUCCCCCCCUCCACGGAAGGACGGGCUGGUCACUUGGGAGGAAUAUAGGACUAUUGUCAGAGGAUGCAGGGAGGCAAUAAGGAAAGCUAAGGCCUCCUUGGAACUAAACCUUGCUAGUGAGGUCAAAGACAAUAGAAAGGGCUUCUUCAAAUUGCAGACAGAACUAACACUAGAGGCAAUACAGACCCGCUGCUGAAUGAGAUGGGUGCCCUGGUGACAGAGGAUAGAAAGAAGGCAGAGGCACUGAUACCUUCUUUGCCUCUGUCUUUAC